AUGACACAACAAAUUGUAACACCAUACAAUGUGAGUGGUCUUGUCGACUAUAAUAAAUUAGUCAAAGACUUCAACGCUGAGCUUUUAACACCGGAGCAAAUAACACGGAUUGGAUCCGUAACGCAUCGAGACCCUCACAUAUGGCUUCGACGUGGUCUAUUUUUCUGUCAUCGAGACAUCAACCCUAUAUUAGAUGAUGUAGAGAAGGGGAAUAAAAUUUAUCUUUACACGGGAAGAGGGCCAUCGAGUGAUGCGCUUCAUUUAGGCCAUUUGAUACCGUUUAUCUUUACUCAAUACCUUCAAGAAGCUUUUAAUGCGGAGUUAGUAGUUCAAUUGACUGAUGAUGAGAAGUAUUUGUGGAAGCCAGUAACUAUACCAGAAACUAAACAAUAUACUAUAGAGAAUGUGAAAGAUAUUAUAGCGGCUGGGUUGGAUGUGAAGAAGACUUUUAUCUUCAAUGAUUAUGAUUACAUCGAACGGAUGUAUCCUUUAGUCACUAAAAUUCAAUCGCGGAUCACUUUCAAUCAAGUCAAAGGGAUCUUUGGAUUCCAAGCACAUGACAACGUCGGCAAAAUAUCAUUCCCAGCAAUUCAAGCUGCUCCCGCUUUCCCAGAAUGUUUCCCACAUUUGUUUGGAAAACAGAAAAUUCGAUGUUUGAUCCCUUGUGCUAUAGAUCAAGACCCAUAUUUCAGAAUGACUCGAGACCACGCCGAAGCUCUUGGUGCUUAUAAACCAAGUCUCAUCAUGUCAAAGUUCUUCCCCGCCUUACAAGGCUCACAAGGAAAGAUGUCCGCAAGUGAUCCAAACAGUGCAAUUUACUUGAUCGACACCCCAAAACAAAUCGAAGAGAAAAUUAAUAAGCACGCCUGUUGCUCAGUCAAAGACUUGGACCUGUUUAAGACUCACGGAACUGAUACUACUGAUGAUGUACCUUUCCAGUACUUAAGAUUCUUCUUAAACGAUGACCAAUUACUCGACAAAAUUAAGACAGACUACGAGGCUGGAAAAAUGAUGCCACAAGACGUGAAGAAUAUCUUAAUUAAGGAAUUACAAGAACUCGUCCAAAAUCAUCAGAUCAAAAGACAAAAAGUCACUAUGGACGUCGUAGAGGAGUUCAUGAGAGUCAGAAAACUCGAGAAAUAA